AUGACACAAUCUCCAUCUUCUUCAUCAAGUGAAACCCUUUGCCUAAUAUCAUCAGCACAGGGUAUAAUUCCCAUGUCAUGUUUGUUAUCAUCAAGCUCCACCUCAAGUUCCAAUGCAUCUAUUAUUGCUGAAAACACAAACAUUAGUAGUAGUAAUAGCAACAGCCAGCAUAAUACCACUAGUCCGAGCACAUCCAUAUCUUCUGCUUCAAGCAUUCUAAGUAAUGUCUACUCCACAUAUAAUGCAAGUUCCCCAGAUUUACAAUAUAUGCAAUUCUCCAAUGCCAGCUCUACAAAUUACACUUCAAAUUUGAGAAAGUCAUCAUCAUCUUCUCACCAAGAUUUCCAAGAAAUUUGGUUUAAUAAAUUCAACUCAACUUUACCUAAACGAGAUGGAGUUUAUGUUAUCAAUACCACUGAAAAAUUCAACCAAUUAUUAAAUUUCUACUAUCAAACGAAAUCUAGAUUUAAUCAAAACUAUUCCAACCAAUUAUUUCCCUAUUUGCAUGACUUGUCCACCAGAGGUCAUGAGGAUAAUUUUACUGAAAGCUACAAUCAUAUGAAGGAUAUCUUGCAUAUUAUAGAUAGCAUGCAUUUAAACAAUUUGAUGUUUAUCAAAAGUGAUGAUGAAGAAAUUGAUUCCAUUACUCCAGAUUUAAUCAACUCCGUCAAGCUAGACCAAAUUCUUGAUAGACACUACAAUGAAUGGGAAAAAUUAUCAGUAUACCCACAUCAAUAUGAUGAACAUGAUAUGAAAAUGAAUUGCAGGAAUUUUGGCCGUCAAUUAAAACUCAUGGCUCCAUUGUCUCAUUUUGUUGUAUAUAAUUAUACCAAUUCCGAUAAUGCUAAUGUGUUGUCAAUGUUAAGAAAAGUAGUUAAUCCAGAAAAAUAUAUCUAUUCAGUUGAGUUGGAUAAAGAUUGGUGGAGCACAAUAGAACCAAAUUAUUUUGAUAAUGAUACAGAUGAAGAUCCAGUUUAUAACAAUUCAUUCUUGAGUAAAUUUUAUCCAUCUGAGGAAGAGUUCACGUCACAAGGAGAACAUUUUGUAUCCAGGUAUCACAGGUAUGAACAAAAUGUGAUUUGGAGAAUGAGUGGUAAUAGAAGAACUUGGUUGUUUGAUAAUAAAAUAUGCGUGGGUAAUAUCCUUGAUUAUAAUGAAUUGGUUAAAGCACUCGACAAUGAGUUCAAGUUGAUUAUCUAUUGUGAUGAUGAUAUUCAGUCGUGUAAUUUCCCACCGAUUGAGACUCUUCAAUGGAUUUACCAUGAUUAUAGCCAGGGGGGUGCAAAUUCAUACUGUUUGAAGAUUCCUCAACUUGGAGGUAAUAAAGAUAUUGAUUUAGUUGGUGUUUUGAAUGUGUUGAAAUUGAUUGUCAAACUCUCCAAAGUCAACAAAGUUUUCAUUGGCAGUCAUGAUGGUUUUACAAGUUCUACUAUUUGGUUAGUUUUGUUAACCCAAUUAUUAAACAGACUUACCAUUGAAGAAUCCAUAUUGUAUUUGGCUAAACAAGAGAUUAAGUUAUUUUUCUUUGAUAAUGAUUAUUCCUUGUUGCAAGAUUUAGAGAUCUUUGUUGAUUAUUUAAACAAACAUUUAUUGCUGGAGUUUCCUACAAUUAUUUUACCCAGCACUUUAGAUUUAAAUUCUAUUGAUAGAUUUUAUUUUAUGAACCCAAUAGUUAAACCACAACCUUAUGAUUGGUUUGCUGAUUGUCAAGGUCAAUUAAAUUUACCAUCCAAAGUCUACCCUCAUCUAUAUCUCGGAAGUCUUUUGCAUUCCAGUUCAAAUACAAUUUUAGAAACCUUUGGAAUAUCAAAUAUCAUCUCUAUUGAUGAAUUACCAAGUUGGUGGAACCAAAUGUUUUCUAAAUAUAUUCAAUUUGAUUAUGAACAGAGACUUGCUGCUCCUGUUGUUCUUAAACCAAUUUACAAAUAUGAUAAUAUCAAGAUUUAUGAAGUUAAUUUUGAGCAACUUCAUCAUUUCAUUCCAUAUAAAGUUCAAGCAACACUCCCAUCAUCACUCAAUUCCUUAAUCUACAUACAUAAUUUCAAAGAUGAUGGUAAAGAUUCCAUUUUACCCAUGUUAUUAGAUGCCCCGCCAUUCAUCCAUGAUAAGAUUCUUCUUGGUCAAUCUCCUAAAAAGUCUACUUUGAUUCAUUGUAAAGUCGGUGUUAGUAGAAGUGCUACAUUGGUUAUUGCUAGUAUUAUGAAACAUUUUAGAAUUGGGUUGGUACAGGCGUAUUUCAUGUUAAGAAUAAUUCGGUUCAAUAUUAUAAUUCAACCUAAUUUAAAAUUAUUUUAUGAAUUAUUCUUGUAUGAGGAAUAUUUGGGAUUGCCAGACCAACUUCAAGAUGGCAAGAAGGUGGUUAAAAAAUGGAAUUGGGAGUUUAUUGCUGAUGAGAUUCAUAGAUUGAAUCAGAUUUACACAUCGUCAUCAUCGUCAUAA